AUCUUCCCAGUGCUGGUCUUGUGUUUCCAUCAGGACGUUUUCCAGUGAAGCUCCUUCCUCUUCCUAUGUAGGAAACACACUCCCCUUAAAGCACUACUGAGCCACAGCGAUCCCAGAGAGGCAGGAAAAUAAACAGGUUUACUGACGUCUGUUUUCCAUUCAAAGAAAACAUUACUCUGACAUCGUGAAUGGAUCCUGAGGGAUGGAAGAUGGCUACAACUGGAUAUAACUUCUUAAAACACGGGAAUGAAGGGAACCAUGUCAAACACACAAACACAGAAAGACUGCAGAAAAGGAUAUCCCAUGGGGGAGUCAGUGACAGUUCAGAAGCCAAACUUCUUCAAGCAAAGGUCAGAAGUGACUAUGGAACUGGCUGCUCGGCAGGGAGGCAAAGCCGCAGCGAAAUGGGGAAACCACAUAUUGAAGGAUAUGAUACAACAUCAGUCAGUAAAUAUACAGUGAAGAAAUGGAACGCAUGGACACCAGAUUCUAUGGAACACAUAGAAAACUUAGCUUUUACCAAUUAUGACAGAGAGUCUCAAUUUGUGGCAAAACAAGGAUUAAAAAUGCAGGUUAAAAAGUUCCCCAUUCAGAAUAAAGAUGGCAGCUGUUCUUUUCUCCCAAGAAAAGAUAAGACACAUAUGACGGUAAACUUUCCCAGACCUACCAAUACCAAAGAACCAUCAGUUGCCCCCUCCCAGAAGGCAAAGAUACAGGGGAACAGACCAAGUGCCAUAACAGAAACUAUGUUGCAAAGUCAGGGGACAGAACACUGUGAAAAGUCCAGGCUUUACCAAGGAAUUCCUUUAUAUCAUUCUCAUAAGAAAGUUACUAUUCAAAAAAGCCCAUCACCUUAUAGUAGACUGACUGGACCCUGGCAGAGAAAUAAGGUAACUAAUCGAGAGACUCCAACUAGUUCAACUGACAAAGAACAGCACAAAAUACUAGAAAAGCAUAGAUUAUCUUGCAAAGAUAAGGCUUCUGUAAGUACCACAUUGGCUAAUAAAAGAAGUGGCAGCGUUGUCCGCUUUAAGACUGGUGUGCUGCCUGUAAUUUCACAAUACAGGAAAACACAAGAAAAAAUAAAGUUGGAGCCCACAGCUGUCAAACCACAAGACCAGCCUGUGGGUAACAGAAAGUACCGGAGAUUUCUGCUUAUCGAUAGUCAAGGACUGCCGUACACAGUAGUUGUGGAUGAAACUAAAACGGCAAACACAAGUGAACCUCCUGAUGAACCUGCUUCUGAUAAUUCAUGUACUGGUGCCAUGAAAUCUGCAGCCCCCCGAAAGGUGUAUAAAUGCCCUGUGUGCUUUAGGAUAUUUGAGUACCUCUCCUACCUCCAGAGGCAUAGUAUUGCACACUCCCAACAAAAACCUCAUGUCUGUAAGAUCUGUGGCAAGGCUUUUAAAAGGACUUCUCAUCUUACACGCCACAAAUAUACUCAUUUUGGUGGAAAACCUUGCCAAUGUCAGAUCUGUCAUCGGAGGUUCCGUGAUGCAGGGGAACUUACACGUCAUGAACAAAGCCAUGCUGGAGAAAGACCUUACCAGUGUGAUAUUUGACCUGUGCGCUUUGAGGAACACGGUGCUCUGCAGCAUCACCAAUUGUCAAAACGUUGAAAAUUAUGCCAGGGGAAAUUCCUGAAAGCCCACCCCAUGAAUGGUUUACUGGCAUUACACCGAGAUCAUUCUUAUCAAUAGCUUUAGAUGGUCUAGAUUCUUAGGUUUCAUGCUGGACCAAACCAAUUAGAUUCCAUGCAUUAGGGCAAAACCCUUUAGCACUUGUUUUCCUGUGGGAAGCCCCAAACAGAGAGGAACAACUUAGAUUGCAACCAAACUUAUCUCUUAUCUAGAGUUAGUUUUGCAACACGUAAUUUUUAGACACAUAGUACUGAAAUAGGGAGCUAAGCUGCAGUAGAUGUAAACUGUUCAUACUUGUUUUUAUAAUUUUUUUUUUACUUUGUAUUAAAAUAUUUCUAUGUCCGAACUAUGAACAUUUUUUUUAAACCCACACUAAAUCCAUUCGAUUGAAAUGGUCAGUUAUUAUUAUACUGGACCUGAACCACAAUUAAUAGUUUAGACCAUGAUCCUACAACAGUCCACAAAACAGUCUACGUAAACUGUUUUAAUCACAAAACUGACUGGUUUAGACUUUAAAGCUGUGCACAUGCUUCAAGAUCUACUUGUUUAGUAAAGUCGCCAAACUGGGGGAUCUUUAGCUGAUUUGUCUUUCAAUAUGUUUGCCCUGAUUUUGAUAAUUGAAUCAUUGGGCCCCUGGGCCAAUGACUGAAUCAUAAUGGAGGCCUACGGCAACCUUUUGGGAGAGGACCAACCUGCCAAUGUGGUUCUCACCCAACUGGAAUUUCACACUUGUUCAAUAGAUAUUUGCCUGAUUUUCUGCCACAUAUCUGUCCGGCAAGCUACCAAAAGGGCCUCCUACACAGACCAAUAAGCUGCUGAUUCUGGAGGGACUUAGUUGGGCAUGUAUAGCCAGCUUUAGGAUAAUGUCUCAGCAGGAGAUACAUUAAUGUUUACUAUAUCAGUUGUGGUGACAGGACAUGUGGAAUUCUUUAUAUUCAUUUUCUUUUGUGAACAAUUAGUAUUGGCACCUAUAUAACACACCUCUCAACUGAAAAAGUAAAAUGUCAUACACAGUAGUUGUGCCAUACGUAGGGUGAUCCAGCUGUCCAAAACGGGAAGCGAAUAGAGACAAUUCCACAUAUUAAAUUGCUGAUAACUAAAUGCCUACAAAUCUCCUGGUGUGACAUAAGCCUACUGUAUGGAUACUUGCUACUGACAUUGCUGUUUACAUUAACCGUUUCUCAAUUCUGUCAUUUAAAGUAUAUUCUAUAUAGUGUUAGUUUAAUGUGGGGGUUAAACUAAGCUAUAUGAACAAAAUGGCAAAAUGGAAAUGGCACUACAUUUAGUAGCCACGAUUCAUGCUUUGUGUGUUUAGUUGGCAUUUCUUCCUCCAUUACAUUAGUAUCUGCUUAAAAAACUAAAUAUUUCACAAAUGUAUUCAAGUUUUAACAACCUUUUUUUUAAACUGCAAUGUGUGUUUUUUUUUCUGGUGGCAGAUAGAGUCGAUAAAAACUAUAAGCUGUAAAAAGAGUGCCUGUAGGACCAGGGUCUUCAACCUCUUUUAGGUGUGAGCCACAUUCAGAUGUAAAAAACUUGGGAGCAAUACAAGCAUGAAAAAUAUUUCUGGGUGGUGCAAAACAAGU